AGAACUGACUUUUUAUUUAAAAUACAAUUAAUUUCAAUUUAAAUCACCAUGUGUGGUUAGUGACUACUGUAUUGGAUACCGCAGGUUUAGACAUUCUUGCUAAUAAAAACUAACAUUAACUUCAUAUUUUAUGGUUUAUAAAGGACUUUGUCAUUAGCUCUUGCCCCUUCCUUUCUCUUUUUUGGCCACUUCUCAAACUUUUAUCAAAAGCUUCCAUAUGACUGUGAAGAAUACAGUAGUAAAUUAGAUUAUGAAUUAAGAUGACUAAUGAGAGCGCAUGUAAUUUGAAGUUUAACCAGACAAUGCAGGAAGGGAGAUGAUUAAAAAAAAUUCAGCCCAAUUCUUGAGCUUAUCUCUUGAAACACUAUUGGCCUAUUUUAGUGUGUGAACUAUAGGAGGUUGAGAAAGACACAUAAAACAUAGUCUUGCUUUUCAUUAAAUCUAUAUUUGAAUGUAAAUUGUCUUUUGGAUUGGUGGGUGACUAGGGCAUGCCAGUGUAGAAAUCCUCUUCAAAGUGAAUGAUAAAAUCAUCCUGAUUUCUCUGCUGUCAGACCUACUGAUAUCCAAACAGCAAGUACUAUGGGAGAUAUAAAACAUGGCCUCUCUUCUCAAUAAAACAAAGUGAGGAGAAUUUUCUCCUUUGGAGACAAAUCUGAAACUCACUUUAUCUGCCUCUUGAUCAGCUUUCUCAAACUUAGUGCUACUGACACUUUAGACCUGUUAAUUAUUUGUUUUAGAGGGCUGUCCUAUUCAUUUUAGGAUGUUAGCAGCAUAACUGGCUUCUGCCCACUAGAUGCCAGUAGCACCCCUCGGUUCUGACAACCAAAAAUGUCUACAGACGUUGUCAAGUGUCCCUGGGGGCAAAACCACCCCGUCCCCCUCAUUGAGAACCACCGUUCUAAGUAUACUCUAGUUACAUAUAAAUACUUGGACCAUAAGUUGAACGGUAAUCUAUUAUUCUACUUCAUUUGCCCUUUGGGGAAGUUCUGUUCCCCAAUAUCGUUUCUAAGGAGCCCAGAAAUGCAGUCGUCUCAUGUUUUAUCCAGGAGCUAGAUGUUCUGUGAAAGUAGGAGAAUCAUUUAGAUUUUCUAGCCCAGUAUACUGCCAGGAAGCAGUAGAUCUGAUCACAUUUUAUAGAUCAAAAAACAGACUCAGGAGGAAUAUGCUUUGACAAGUUCAUUUAGCAGGUGGUAGAGAUUUUGAACCUAAGCCUUUUGUCUCCAGAUGAUAUGUAUAUAAUACUUACCUGUAAAAAAGAAGAUACCAGAAUUUUGACUAGAACUACUCUGAUAGCAGCAGUACAGUUUAGAGAUUAGAAAUUUGGACCAGAGCUAGGAUUAGGGUGAGGCAGGCAAGGUGCCUAGGGUGCAAAAUUUAAAGGACAUUCACUCUUCACUCUCAGGUUCUAGCCCUGACUGGGAGCAUUGGAGUCAGACUGCCUGGAUCGUGUCCUGGUCUUGCCUGCUAUUAGUUAGUGAUGUUGGAUAAGUUACCUAACUUCUUGUUCCUCGGGUUCUUUUUCUGUAAAAAGGAGAUGAUAAUGUCUGUCUUAUAGGAUUUUUGUGAAAAAUGAGCCUGUACAUUUAAAGUACUUAUGAAGUGCACAGUACGACUUCAUUAUUAGUCUAGUAAACGUGAUGUUCGGAUGCACAUCUGAAUCAUUUGGGGAAAAGAAAAUGAAUUUUCUCCAUGUUUAAUUUCAGAAACCUGGCAAAGACUGCUGAAGUAGAACUGCCAGAAAUAAUAGCUACUGUGUCGGGGAAAUAAAGAGUACUAUAAAAAUGUGGACGGAAAAGAGUUCUUCCUAUUUUCUAAGUAAAUAGCAAUUCAGUAUCCUUGGUUGUCUUCAGUAGUAGUAAUAUGAUGACUGUUGCCAAAACAGUAUUACAUUGUCCAUUUUAAACAGUUGAUAUUUAAAAAAUAAAAUAUUUUGAUAAAUAAAAGUAUGCAAAAAAUGAAAUUGGAGAAAAACAGAAAACACUCAACUAAUUCGAACUUUACGUUAUUUGAUAUUAUAAGCUUAAUGCUAAAUAUGUGUACUAUUUUUGUACUUUUUAUAUUACCUAGAAUAGUCUUUGGUACUUAGUAAAUAUGGAUUCUCAAUGGACCACUGCUCCAAUACCCCCUUUCCAUCCUCUCCUCUCACCCCCAAAAGCAGUUGGAAACGUGUGGGCUGUGUUUACCUGUCAUAAUGACUAGUGGGCACCUUUAACAGUUAGUAAGCUAGAGCUAGGAAUGUUGCAUCUUAUACACUUCUGUGGUGCCACCCUGUGAUGUAAAGAAUUAUCCUGCCUAGAAUGUUCGUAGCAUUCUUAUAGAGAGACACUAUGCUAGAAAACAACAGUUUUUCCUUCUCUUCUUUGAAAUCAAUAUUAACUGUCUGUUAUGGGAGAAUAAACUAAUGCAAUCUAGGGCAGUAGAUGGAUUUCAUUCAGAAGAGCAGCAGCUUUUAUUGCAAGUUCAACAGCAGCAUCAACCCCAGCAGCAGCAGCAUCACCACCACCACCACCAUCAGCAAGCUCAACCACAGCAGACAGUGCCUCAGCAAGCACAGACCCAGCAGGUCCUUAUUCCUGCAUCACAACAAGCUGCAGCACCUCAAGUUAUUGUUCCUGAUUCGAAGCUGAUACAACACAUGAAUGCAUCAAACAUGAGUGCUGCUGCUACUGCUGCUACCUUGGCACUCCCUGCAGGUGUGACUCCUGUUCAACAGAUAUUAACAAAUUCCGGCCAGCUUCUUCAAGUGGUCAGAGCAGCCAAUGGUGCCCAGUAUAUCUUUCAGCCUCAGCAGUCAGUGGUUCUGCAACAACAGGUUAUACCACAAAUGCAGCCUGGUGGAGUACAAGCUCCUGUUAUCCAGCAGGUACUGGCCCCACUUCCGGGAGGAAUUUCACCACAGACAGGUGUCAUCAUCCAGCCUCAGCAAAUCUUAUUUACAGGAAAUAAGACUCAAGUUAUACCCACAACGGUGGCGGCUCCUACACCAGCGCAAGCACAGAUAACUGCAACUGGCCAACAGCAGCCACAGGCCCAGCCUGCUCAACAGCAAGCUCCAUUGGUGUUACAAGUUGAUGGAACUGGGGAUACAUCAUCUGAAGAAGAUGAAGAUGAAGAAGAAGACUAUGAUGAUGAUGAGGAGGAAGACAAAGAGAAAGAUGGAGCUGAAGAUGGGCAGGUAGAAGAAGAGCCUCUCAAUAGUGAAGAUGAUGUUAGUGAUGAAGAAGGACAGGAACUCUUUGAUACAGAAAAUGUUGUUGUAUGCCAGUAUGAUAAGAUACACAGAAGUAAAAACAAAUGGAAAUUUCAUCUCAAGGAUGGCAUUAUGAAUCUUAACGGAAGAGAUUAUAUAUUUUCCAAAGCCAUUGGAGAUGCAGAAUGGUGAAGAGUUGGUUCUUUUCUUUUAUAAAUAAAACAAAACAAACUUAAAAAAAUUUUAAAGUGGACAGUUUGAAACUUGGGUCAUACACCAACCAAAACUUAACUUCUGCAUGUCAGAAAAGUGCAGUAGAAGCAAAGCUACCGGAACAAAGAGACCUUGACAACAUAGACACUACUUCUAACUGGCAAGCCAUGGAACUGUAGCACCUGGGGUUGUUGGGGGUGGGGGGGUUGGGGUUUUGUGUAGGAAAACCAUAAUUGUCGAUUUUAAAUACAGGUACCUGCCACCAAUAAUUAGCAUGUAAAGCUAUGUCUAUAUUCCUUCCUCCAACUUGGGUUCAGUCAGAAGAUACUUGUUGGAAUGAACUGAGGAAACUUCCCUUUUGAUAGAUUGAACUGAAACUGUUUAUUGUAUGUGGUUAUAUUUGGUAAAAAUGGCGUGUGAGCUUUUUACAAAAGGGUAAGAAUUAUGGUGUUGAAUUUUAAUUCACUUGUUCAAGGAAACAAUUUAGAAACUCUCAUAGUAGGUCUUAAAUAUUUUUACUUACUAUUUUCUCUCAGUAAUAUAUACCUCUUCCUUCCCUGCUUUAUGAAACAUCUAUUAAAGAGUUAAAGGAAGUAAUCAGUGAUCACAGUUUGGAGACAAAAUUUGACCCAGGAAUCGAUAUAUAUUUUAAUUAGGUUUCAUACUCAUUAAAUGUAGUUUAAAGACUUGGGUCUCAUCUGAGUUGAGCAGAAUUAAAAUGACAACUUCAGUUUCUUUACAGAAAAACGUAUUUGUUUCUUUUAGUCUGACACCUUAAAAAGAAACCUCAAAGUGGCUCCUCAGGAAUAUGAUUUUAUUUCACAAAGGUACCAUCUAGCAGAAAUAAUACACAUAUAGGUAGAUACAGAUUUUUUUCCUCUUGGGCUGAAGUGUAUGCUUAUAUAUGUGUUUAGUUUUUAAGCUAAACAAAAAUUCAGUUAACAUUCUGUGCAUUGAUUAGAGCAUUGGAGAGGUGGUGAGGACCUGGAUUUUUAUUAAACAAUUUAGUAAUUAUAAAAAUUUCUUGUGUUUACUAGUAAAUAAUUUAAAAACUAUUAUUCUAAUUGAACACAUUUUUUUAAAUGCAACUUUGUAAUUUGAGGGGAAAACUUUGUUGUUAGAGGGGGGUGGGCCACUAAAUACAUAUUUACCUCUCUUUCAUUUGGUGGCCCUUCCAGGCCAUUGAUAAUAUAGAUGUGGGCUCCAGUUUGCACAUCGAGAAGAAAGCAUAGAAAUUUGAUUUGUAUAUUAAAAAUAAUAGAAAUUUAAUAUGUAUAUUAAGAAUGCAUAGCUCUGUAUUCUGUAAGGGGCUCUAAAGAACAAUAUGGCAGUGCUGCGUUCAGUGUGAACUAGUUGCCUGGGAAAUCUGUAGGAGCACUUCUCUUUAUCUUUGUGUUCUUACAACUACUUCUUUUCAUGGUUUAUCUUGACAAAAUUCACAUGUGUUUAAGUUACUUGUAUAUUGAAUGUUUUUUGUCUUCCAUUUUUGUCUUCCUUUUAUUUGCCUUUGUGUGUGUUUCCAGAACUAACAUAGAAACACUUUAAAGUACAUUGCAAAGAAAAACUGUGAGCUCUUAUAUGUUGUUUUUUAACACAAAUCCUUAAACUUCUCAAAAAGGCUAAUCAUUUUUUUUUUGUUGCCUGCUUGCCACCCUGCAUACCAACUUGGUCCCUUUAACUUAUGUUCUGAACUUUGGCAUAAAUGCUGGUUUCUAGCAUGCUAGUAGUUAGGUUUUAUUUAGAUGCCAUAACUGGUAAUACGGUUUUUAUUUUCACUAUAUUAAUUUAGUUUUUUGGAGGGGAGGUUUAUUUGUUUACCCUACUACUCUUUAAGCACACAAAGGUUUUUUCGUUUUUGUUAAUGAGACUGGGAGAAGAGAAGGGAGGGGGUGAAAUCACGGAAGUCCUGUCGUUCAGUUGUCCUUCAGUGUAGUUGCAGUAGGUUUAUAUUUACCCAAUGAAGAAGUCAAUGACCUGAACUACCUAUAAAAGUUUAGCAGUGCUGCAGUGUUGAUUGAAACCCUUUGGCUUUCUAGUAGUUCCUGUGCUACUGACUGUGGAUUACUAUAUGAUAUUCAGCUCGUGUUUUGGGCCCUCUAUGUAGACAAACAUUUGUAUUCAUGGUAGAAUUGUAUACUAGCCUGUUUUUAUAACAUUUUUGAACAUGAACAACCGUUGCUUUCAGAGUGACUCAACUAGGGUUAUUUUGAAGCAGGAAAUAACCAUUUGUAUUUGCACCUGUGAAUUGCAUAUUAAUUAUGGCAUACUUGGCAGAUGCUUUUCUUUUACCUGUGAAAAUUCUGAAAGCUGGUCCAAACAACACUGCAUACCAAAUUGUGCUCUUAUAUGUAUUACUGCAUUCUGUUCCUUUUUAAUCAAAUAGCAUGUCUUAGUUUUGUUAUAGUGGCUUGCUAUAAGAAUGCCACUUGCUUAUCUUUUAUUGUACUUGAAUUCUUAAUCAUGUUUUUAACAUUGUAUUUAGCAAAUCAUUUCAUUAGGUUCUAUAAAAAUGUCAUUCCUUUGAAAAGGCAAGGAUUCCCACUUUCAGAAUUUUAAAAUGAAAAUAGCUUGUUUAUUCAAAGAGGGAAGAGAGUUCAGACUUGGUAUUGUGAAAAUAAGUAAAGGUUUCCGGAGAGGAGUUGUUUAGAUUUGCACAGAUGGUGAUGGCACCUUUUAUUUUAAAAAAAGAUUAACAUGUAUCAACAGUGCUAAGGAAAAUUUACACAAAAUGACUAAAGUGUGGAAAUGUGUGCCUUUCAGUAUAUGUACUCUUUUUUUGGUGGUCAUUUGGAUAAUCAGACCAUUUGAAUGCCUGAGAGCACAUUUAAUUUCUGUGGAGAGCCACAUUUGGCUAAAACAACUCUUUAAUGUGCAAUUAGUUUCUAGAGUAAAAUGUCUGUUAUAUGAAGGGGAUCUUUAUAUUGGGCUUUUAUAUUUUUUUAAAUGUUCACAUUUCUUUUUGUUAAUCAAAUGCCAUCAUAAUAGCACAUUUAUAUUGUUGCCUCUCUUAAAAUCAAAGCCACCUUAAUGUUACUCUUCUAGGAAUCCAUCAAGAGUUGAGCAGCAUGUAUAGUGAUUAAAUAUGUCCUUGAAGAGCAUAUUCUAAUAGAUUCUGGUUUUAGACAGCAAGAACAUAAAAACAGCUUUUGUGUAAAGAUUUUCUUUUGCUAUAGUGAAAAUCAAGGAUUUGGUUUUCUUAUUUUUUCUGGCUUUUAUGGAGGAAUGAAAAGGGUUGUCUCUAAGAGUAAUUUUUGAUUAUCUUAUAGCAAUAAUAUCACCAUUCUUUUCAGAAGGUAAAUACGCCUUGUACAGGAAACAGAUGUAAUUUCCUCUUGGGAGUUCCCUUUAUGACUUAGCAUUUUCUUCCAGUUAAGAAAAUUCCUAUAUUUUCAGAUUAUUUCAUCUUGAACUUUUUUGAGCUUUUGUGCAAUGUAAUAUUUUAUUAAUUCAUCUUUGUACAUUUUCAUUUUAUUUCAUGUCUGUCUCUCACCUGUCUGAAUCAGCUAUUUCAGAUUUUGAAUUCAUUGGUUAAAAAAUAGUUGCUUUAUAUAUUUCCUCAUGAGUUUAUGUUAAAUAGUUUUGCAUUUUAAUCUAUUAUGCUAUGGAAAUUAUUCUGAAGUUUAUAUUCCCUUUUUAAGCCUGCCUUAGUCUAUCUUCUGUCAUUUUUAUGGUUUAAGGAAGAACACAUCGAAUUUAAUAUUUUUGUUUAUUUUGUGGAACAAGGGAGACUUUUUUUUCUUCUCUUUUAAGGGAAGAACUACAUUGAGUUAGUAACUACUAUUUCAGUCAAGGUUCCUUAAAUCAGUCCAGUAUGUGUCAGGGCUACAAUUCUGGGGGAGAGACUAAUCUUUUUUGCUGUUCUGAGCUACUAUUGUCAACUGCUGUUGUACAUACUGUUAUGUGUAAGGGCGUAAAUAUAUUUAUUAUGUUUGUAAAAUUCAUUCUGUACAAUUGCAGAUCAAGGUUGCUCUUCUGUGAUAUAUGGGAUAUUAUGUUUUAAAGACCAUCUUGGAAUACAAUUAGAGAACUUAGUAUUUUGAUGUACUAAGACCUAUUUUAAGUUUAAUAUUUUACCUUUGCAAAAACUUUAAUUAAAGAUGUUAUUUAAAAAAA